ACAUCCACGUAAGUACCAGAGAUCCUGCUUCGCUUUCCUGCUGCCGAUUCUCCGAAUUUCCUAAAAAGGACUUCACGGCCGGUAACAUAGACCGAAUACUCACCUGCUGCAUCCUGUUUUCCUUUUCAUUCAUGCCUGUUCGUCGAUGUCGUCAGAGCUAUUCUGUUUUUAUUUAUACUCCUCUUCGCCUCAUUCACAACACCAUCCGCUUCUUUUCCUUUUUGAUUUGUUCUCUUUGUUCUUCCUAAAACAGGGUCGAACUAAGGAGAUUGUUUACAUUUUGCGUAACGCCUCCCAGGUGGCGAAUUUCUAUCGUAGUUUCAUGGUCCAACCGAGGGGUCUAGAGCGUUGUUGCUAGGCCUUCUCGCUUUUUUUUUAGUAAUAGGGUGCCCUAGAAUCUUAGUUUAAAGAAUAUAUGCGUGUGAAUGAAUUGUGUGUUGUCCUGGUGUGUCAAGUUUUGAUCCAGACAACCGUGUGAAUGAGAUGAAUGAAUGAAUAUGAUUGUAUGAAUGGUGGGGGAAAUGAUUGUGUAUGAGUGUAUGCGUAUAUUUUCUGUUCCCGAACAGAGUAUUCGGUGAAAAAUAUGGAAGGAGCAGAUUUCCAAAAGUUUAUUUUCUCUCCAAAGUAGAAACUAGAAAAAAAAUUUUAAAUAAAUGUUAUAUUAGAGUUAUACAAAAAAAAAACAAAUGCAAUUACAAUCAAAAUUAAAAAAAAAAAAAAAAAGUUCAAUUUAUGAAGAUUUGAUGGUGAAAGGAUGGAUAAGAACGCUUUUUUUCUGACGAACAUUUUUCUGGAAGGCUGAUUUUCAAUUUCAUAUACUAUUUCGAUGCAAAUCAAUCAUCAACCUCAUAGCGGAGCAGCCAAAAGAUAGCUUCUUCGCUGAACUCCUUAAUCGACCCUUCCUGGUGGACAGUCUCUAUUAUUAAGUGUUAUGUGAUUAUGUGGGAAAGAGUUCCUCUACAUGGACAAAAUCAUUCCACAUAAUCAGCUAACACUUAACAAGAGGAGGGCCACAUUUUCAAGAUUUUUCCCGAGUGGACAGUCUCUAUUAUUAAGUGUUUCGUGAUUAUGUGGGAAAGAGUUCCUCUACAUGGACAAAAUCAUUCCACAUAAUCAAACUAACACUUAACAAGAGGAGGGCCACAUUUUCAUGACGUUUCCCGAGUGGACAGUCUCUAUUAUUGAGGGUUACGUGAUUAUGUGGGAAAGAGUUCCUCUACAUGGACAAAAUCAUUCCACAUAAUCAAAAUAACAUUCAACAAGAGGAGGGCCACAAUUUCCCUGUGGACAGUCUCUAUGAUUAGGUGUUUGGUGAGUUUGUGGGAAAGAGUUCCUCUACAUGGACAAAUCAUUUCACAAAAUCAAAUUAACACCCGAUGAGAGGAGGGCCACUAAAACAAACCAUCUCCGCCUUCUUCCCAUAAAAAAAAAAAACAAGUUUUUUUUUUAUUUCGGAGUGAGGGAUGAAUGUUACCUUUCCAAAAAAAGGUCACAUUUGUUCUAUGUAAAUGAAAUGUAAAUAUUCUAUUUUUUUCUUAAUUAUUUGUUUUUUUUUCUUUAUUUGAUAGUAUCUAUAGAUUUUAAGGGCAAUUAUUAUAAUGGUAAAAGAAAAAAAAAGAGAAAGCCUCAACUUUGAACUACAAAUUAAAUCUAUACGAACUAACCAAAAUGAAAACAGAACUGAAUAUAAAAAAAUCGAAAUUCCUAUUCUCCUGCACAUCCCUAUUACCCCAUUUUACCGCCAACCAUAACGCACCACCACAUCGACACCUACUGUCGGUGUUCGUAAGACGCCCGCCGACGACGAUGAAGCCGACGAUCGUCGACGACGGCGAAGCCGGCGACGACGACGCCGAAGGUACAAAAUCGCUGAUGAUCGUCCGAUCAGCCUCUAAUAGUGAACCGACAUUUUUCUUUUCUCCACGUUCAACCGUUGUGCCACGUUUUUUUCUUUGGCCCGGUAGAAGAGGGCAGCCCGGAAUCGAAGCGCUCCCGUUAGCGGAAGUCUAGUGCCGUGUGAAGAACCAACCCGCGUUCGAAACCUCCCGUUAGAACCGCGAAAGUGAAGUGCCGUGUGAGGGAAACCGGAGUGCUGCAGUGUGGCCCGGUGGGCCCGUGAUUUCACGUGGUGUGCCUGGAGUUCUCGUUCCGCCAAAGAUACCUACGACCUAGGACACGAAGAAGCAAAUUCCGGACGAACGGCCUGAUCCUCGUUCGGCCCAUCGAACAAUUCCGGUUCAUCAUUCGACGGCGCUGUGGGAAACCCCUGAACGUGCAGCACGGCGUGAUAGCAGUAAAUCCCCAGCAAGACACCCGUGUUCCGCCAUGGUAAGGAUACCCGAAAAUCCUCCCCCGACGAUCCAAGGGAGUCGACGCGGUCCGGGAUCCAAUAUCGUCCGCGCUGGUAAGCGUCGAGCCUAAGACCAACCCGGAGGAGAAAUGUGCAGCCAAGGUUAAAGGUGUGUAAAACCAUUUUAUCAAUUUCCCUAUCCAUUCCUGUUUGACCAGAAUGCAAUUUAAUUAAAAAUGAAAAUGUAACAUACGAAUUUUCUACUAUUUUUUUGAUUUUGCCAGUCAAGCCCUGUUUUCCACCAUCUUUAAGGUGAAUCGGUCUACCUUGAUUUUUUUGAAGGGAAGUCGUUCCACAAAGCCUCCCAAUUCCUCUUCGGAGCCAAAUUAUCGACCCUGAGGCCCAGGUAAAAGCCUGGGUGGCCACAAUAGGGUGGCCCAACAAUAGUAAAUUCUAACACUUUCUACAUAUUAGGUGAUUUCAAUGCACACAAUUUUGCUUGGGGCAGUGAUAAAAUUGAUGGUAGGGGUUCUUUAAUCAUGGAUUUGAUUGAUGAUUCAAACUUAAAUAUUUUAAAUGACGGUUCAUUUACUAGGAUUACUGUACCUCCUAAUAAACAUUCUUGCAUAGAUUUAUCUCUUUGUUCAAAUAAUUUAUCAAUGUUAUCCACUUGGAAAACUAUUGCUGAUCCAAAUGGUAGUGAUCAUUUACCUAUUUUAAUAUCUAUUCAUAAUUCUCAAAAAAAAUCAUCUUACAAAGCUGAUGAUAAUGACUUAUGCAAAUAUGUUGAUUGGACAAAAUUUUCAGAUUUAAUGUCAAUGUCAUUAAUUAAUAACGUUGAUUUUGAAUCUUCCAUUGAAAAUUACUAUAAUUUUUCAAAAUUAUUAAUUAGUUGUUUACGUAAAUCACAAAUUAAGAAACAUGUUCCACACACUGCUAAAAAAAUACGCCCUUCUUUUUGGUGGGAUGAUGAGUGUUCUAAAGCAUUGAAAAAUAAAUCUGACAUUUUUAAAAGGUUUCGUAAUUCGGGCUCUAGAAAUGAUUAUCUUUUAUAUUGUAAAGCUGAAGCACAGUUCACUAGAAUUACCAAAUUCAAAAAAAAGAAAUUAUUGGAAAAAUUUUGUGGAAAAUCUUGAUAAAGAAACAUCAUUAUCUACUUUGUGGUCUGAAGCGCGCAAUUUAAGGAAUGACGAGCUUGGUGGUCUAGUGGCUACCGCUUCUGAUUCAUAUGCAGAAGGUCCUGGGUUCAAUCCCUGGCUCGUCCCUUUCCUCAUACUUUGUAUCUUUCUAUCUACUUUCUCUCUAACUCUCUCUCUCUCCUCUCUCUCUCUCUCUCUCUCUCUCUCUCUCUCUCCCGUUUCCCUUCCUUCCAACUUUCAUCAUAGCACAGUGUCAAUCUAUCAUAUAACGCCUACAAGUUAUGCAACCAAGCGGACUGUGCCGCUUCACAGUAAUCUUUACACAAUCUAUCGCUUUACGCCUGGCACCCUUGCACCAAUGCAUGAUCCUUGUGCCAAAAAUAAACAUUUCCCACCAACACACCAACAUCCGCAUGACCUUGUGCAGGCGCAGAGGAUUCAACGGCCUGAUGUGGGCAAACGAUUGCAAUCAUCACUUCCCUCCCCUUCCCCACAUUGACCAGCAACCUGACGCAGCAGGCGCCAUUGCCGCCUAAAAAUCAAGACCACCAAUGCUCACACACUGAAGAUGCCUGUUAGUCCCAAGCAGCUAUCUCAUUGGUUCCUUGUGUGAGUGUAGCUGAUCUGGCGAUACUGGAGUUGCAACUGCGGGCGGUCAAUCAAGCUCAAGCUCAAGCUGAAGCGGGCAAUUUAAGGAAUUAUGAUUCUUCUUCUCCGGUUGUUUUGGAAUAUUCGGAAAAUUGGAUUGAUCAAUUUGCUUCAAAAAUAUGUCUAGACUUUGUAGCUCCUCCCAUCAAUUUCAAAAGUAAAUCCCAUAAUUAUUUUCCGGAACUUUGUAGUCCAUUCUCUUUCGCUAAAAUUAAUUUGGCUUUAUCUCUUACAAAGAAUACUGCUCCUAGAAUUAAUAAUAUAAAAUUUAUUGUUUUGAAAAAUUUACCUGAAGAAGGAAAACCUCAUUUACUUUCGAUAUAUAAUAGCUUCUUAUUUCAAAAUGUCAUUCCUUCUGAAUGGCGUUUUAUUAAAGUAAUUAGUUUACUUAAACCUUCAUUAGCUGAUAGUAGAAGGCCUAUCAGUUUGUUAUCAUGUUUGCGUAAACUUUUCGAACGAAUGAUUUUGAAUCGCCUUAAACUGUGGGCUGAAGAUAACAAAGUUUUUUCUUCUUCACAAUAUGGAUUUAGAAGAGGUCAUGGUACCCGUGAUUAUGUUGAACUUUUAGCAUCGCAAAUUCAACUUGCAUUCAAUCAAAAGCAAGAUGUUGUUUCUACUUUUUUGGAUAUUUCUGGAGCCUAUGAUUCUGUCCUUAUUGAUUUUUUUUUGUAGAGUGACCAGGUGGAGCUGCAGGGCAGCUGAUAGCAAAGCCUGGACCCUUUCCCAACUUUCCCCCUACUAGGACCAAUACUCACGAUGGACUAGACGAUGUCGUCAACUUGAGCAAAGUGUGUAGUAAUUAGUAUUGGGUCGUAGUAGUUUUUAACAAUACUGUGUUUUAACUAUCCCAUCGCACUUGUGUUUUGAUCGAUUGGAAGUUCCAAAGAUGAUUUGAUAAUUGAACAAUAUUUCAAUAAUCGGAAAAUCUCCGAGGUCACUGGACAACAUUCAGAGAGAAAAAAAGGUUGUUAACGUUAACGCCUUCAAAGUACUAUUCCCAAGAAAUAUUACGAAGAGCAAAAAAUAUGUGAUUCUAUAACAUUCCCCAGAAAACCAUUCCCCAGAAUACCAAUCCCCAGAAUUCCAUUCCCCAGAAAACCAUUCCCCAGAAUACCAAUCCCCAGAAUUCCAUUCCCCAGAAAACCAUUUCCCAGAAUGUACCAUUCCCCAGAAUGUACCAUUUCCCAGAAAUCCGUUCCCCAGAAAUCCAUUCCCCAGAAUGCACCAUUCCCCAGAAAUCCAUUCCCCAGAAUGUACCAUUCCCCAGAAAAGCUUAAUAUACUCUGCUAAAAAGUUUAAUUCGAUACACAAACAGUAAAAUGUUGAUCAUAAUGAUAUGUUAUACCCCGGACAGCCAUGUGAUACGAGUAUUAUUCCUGUACAACGGUACGCAGUGUCAAGAAAAUUCUAACUCAUUUCAAGCGCAAUUGUAGUGAUUCUUGUAUCACAUGUGUGUCAUAAGUAUUAAAGGCAAGGAUUUUAACAUUAUAGUGUUAUUACGAGCAAAUAUCUAUUUCUUGUACGGUACCGUCAAACGGGGUGACUUGCAACACUUUUCAGCUUCAACUGAUAAAAAAUGUUUGUUAAACUCAAUUUUAAAAUUUAAACUAUUUGUAAUAGUUUUAAUAGUCAGCCCCUCUAUAUUAUAGAGUGAACAAGUUUGUGAAUGCCGGGCAACUCACUGGAACAAUCCGUUCCCAGCCAUCUUAGCAAACUACAGUAGAAUCACUUGGCAUAAUACGGAACCUCACGGUGAUGGCGACUUGCUCCGCCAACAGUCCACUCGUCAAUGAGGCAGCAUCACACUGACGACGACCCCGUCAUGGUGCUGGCUGUCACUGAUGCUUGCUAGGGGAAAUACACGCAUGGGAAAUGCUACUCAGAUUUGUUCAUACCCCACAUUCUCCCUCUUCUCCGAAAAAAAAAAGUUUUCUUACUAGCAGGCUUGUUAUUUUUACGCUCAAACCCUCAAUUUCGUUCUCUUCAUCCUUAUGGCACCAAUGCAACAAGAUACACUUCAAGAUACAAGAAUUAAGACGAAUGGCCACAUUUACUUUUUUGUUUAGUAAACUCACUUUUGUUAAUAUCGAACCUAUAUCAUUUGAUUGAUAACUUGCAAUGCUAACCGAUCAUCUAUGGGGUUUUGCCGAGCUCCAAUAAAAAUAACUACAACACACGCAGUUGGGUGAUGCGUCUUCUCUCCUUCAAGCGCACAUCUCGUUAUGUAGCCGGCCCUGUUUUUCUCUCACUCAAAUCAAUCGUUAUUCACGAUUGCGAAAAUUCGACGCAUUCAACGAAAACGAACAUAUUUUGUAAGAAUUAUUUGUCAAAAAAAAAGAAAAAAAACAAGAGAUUAACGAAUUUGAGAAUUAUCAGACUAAAGAUUCCGUAUAUCAUACAACUCCAUUUUCAAUGCUUCAAUGUGAUGGUACAGAUGGACCAUAUAUAACACACAAAUGUCCUUCAUUAUACGAAAAUAGAUUCUUCAAAACGAGUUCGAAAGAGGUUCUACAACAUAUUUUCAGUAGAUAUGUUUUCAUUGCGUACUUCGAAUUUUAAACUGUUUUACGAUAUGCAUUUUUUAUGGGCGGUUUUCAUUACACGUCCCCGCAUUUUUCUCCCGCACAGCUUUCGGCAGUUAUCAUGCAACGCCAUUUCCUUAGACGGGUUUCUUUACACAUCGCUGCAUUUUCCUGAUGCAAACAAUUUUCGGCAGUUUUUCAAUAACGCCAUUUCCUUGGACGGAUUUUAUUUCACGUCCCUGUAUUUUCCUUAUGCAGAAAAAAAAAUUCGGCGGUUAUCCAACAACGCCUUUAUCUUGGACGGUUUUCACUACACGUCCCUGCAUUUUCUUUAUGCAGAAUAAUUUUCGGUGGUUAUUCAAAAAAUGCCGUUUCCUUGGACGGUUUUCAUUACACAUAUGCAGAAAAAUUUUCGGCGGUUAUCCAACAACGCCUUUACCUUGGACGGUUUUCACUACACGUCCCUGCAUUUUCUUUAUGCAGAAUAAUUUUCGGCGGUUAUCCAAAAAUGCCGUUUCCUUGGACGGUUUUCAUUACACGUCCUUGCAUUUUCCUUAUGCAGAAAAAUUUUCGGCGGUUAUCCAACAACGCCUUUACCUUGGACGGUUUUCACUACACGUCCCUGCAUUUUCUCUAUGCAGAAUAAUUUUCGGCGGUUAUCUAAAAAUGCCGUUUCCUUGGACGGUUUUCAUUACACGUCCCUGCAUUUUCCUUAUGCAGAAACAUUUUCGGCGGUUCGACACGCCAUUAAUUUGCCCAACCAAAAACCCGAGCAAAAACCAACCCAACCAACCAACGCCGCGAGUAUUUUACGGCAACAUUCACAAUAGUCAAACACCUCUACCAUCAUGCACAUCAACCUGUUUGCAUUUACCGUUCAACCGAACGACAACACGAGCAUGUACGAUCCGAGGAAUCAACGAAAGCGCGACCAUUCAUACCGAGCAAGAACAUGAAGAAAACAUGCAUGCAAUCAUCGACCGACCACCUAUCCCCAGCGUGCUACCAGUCGACAACAAAAAUCAACCACGUCACCGCGCCUUUGUUCAUGUGUUUGUGCUAGAACCAAGGCUAAAACAGAACGCGGUUGGAAAAACAAAAACUUUCCGCGCUCUAGCUUUCGUCAGGAACCGCAGAAUUGGCUUCUUUAGCGGUGUUGGGAUAAUUCCAUAUUCUGAAUCUGCAUGCCAAACUGAGCCGAAAUCCAAAUUUUCAUCAAUUUUGGUGCCCGGGAACCUAUUUAAAUAUCAAUUUGAAGUUUGUAUGGGAUCGAUUUGUCGAAUCACCCCUGGUUGCAUUUUGUACUGGGCGGAGCUGUCAAACAGUUGCCUAGCUGUCAAAAGGUGAUUUCGAAAAAUCUCUUUGAAAUUGAUUUUAGGUAUCAAAAUAAAGUUCUAAAAAUCUGAAAAAAAUCAUAGUGGCUCAGAAAAAAGUGCUCUUUUGUAUAAAAUCAAAAAAUUAAAACUUUUUUCAAAAUUUAAAAACCCAAUUGCAACACCCACUUCACUGUGUUUGCAGCACCACCACACACUUCACACACCAAAACGAUUUGUUUUCUCUCACUGUUUUUAUGCCAAGUGAUUCUACCUAUUUUACGAUUAACUUGUUAUUGAUUAUGAUGCACUCCUGGCAGGAUCGCCAAUGUGAAUGCCGGGCAACUCACAAUCCGUUCCCAGCCAUCUUAGCAAACUGCAGUAGAAUCACUUGGCAUAAUACGGAACCUCACGGUGAUGGCGACUUGCUCCGCCAACAGUCCACUCGUCAAUGAGGCAGCAUCACACUGACGACGACCCGGUCAUGGUGCUGGCUGUCACUGAUGCUUGCUAGGGGAAAUACACGCAUGGGAAAUGCUACUCAGCUUUGUUCAUACCCCACAAAGUUAUAGAUUGAUUUAUUUUUUUCAUGUUGAAAAAGCCAAAUAAGGUCGUUUUUGAUACAAGGCGUCGUGCGGGGUGACUUGCAACACCCAAUGUAAAUCCCUUUUCAAACACGUAGAUAUUAAUUUUUAGUUUCAUGCAUAUUUGAUAAGUAUUCUUGCUACUAUUGUGAUAUCGUUUGGGCUGACAUACUUAUUUUUGCAUUUGUUUUUACAUAGGAAAUUGAAUUGUGAAUUUGUAUAUUGAAAUAUUGAGCUCAAAAACACCAAGUUACUAAUUGUUAAUAUAACAUAAGUUUUAAUGUAUUUUUCAAUUCAUAUGAUGAUCCUUUAGACUUUAGCUGGUGAAUUAUUAGUUAAACAACAAUAUUUUGUUUUUCUGGAUUUUGAAUUGCUAAGAAAAUGAGUGUUGCAAGUCACCCCGUCUAGGUACAAUAUUUCAAAACAUAUGAAUACAUAUAACAAAGAUAUUGUAAUAUUUUUAUAAAGUAAAAUGGAAAUUCAUAUAGCUCAUUAUGUAUAGAAUCCGCAUAUAGAAUAUUAUUUUUGGGAAAUUUUGUUUUCAUUCUUUUGCUGGCAACGAUUUGAGGCUCAUAUUUUUGUUACUUUUUCAGACUAAUGUUAAAUUUAUGAAUAUUUUGUUGGAACUAUUUUCAUAAAAGUAAAAAUCAUGGCUACUACUCAGAUAGUAUGUGCAGUUUAUAGUUCAACUGUGUUUUGGUAUGUAAACGUCCGUUUUUUAUGUUUUGUUGAUAGAUAUAGACAGAAGACAUCAAGUGUUGCAAGUCACCCCGCCGUUGCAAGUCACCCCGUUUGACGGUAUAUGAAACAAAUUAAGGUAAAAAUGUAUACAUACAUACAUAUCCAUAAAAAUAUUCUACAAUAGUAAACGUUUGAAUUACCAUUUUACACAGAUGCAUGUUGAUCUUUAAACCUAUCUUGAAAGUUCACAAACUGUUAGUUGCGUUGCUAUAAAAUGUUUUGUUUUUGACAGAUUUGUGAAAAUUGUGCAGCACUUGUUUUACGAUGAAUAACGUUUUAAAAGUGAUGUGCAAAAUUUACAGAGAAAACGCAUAUUCUUCUGAUGUUGUUCAGUGUACAAGAUACUUAAGACUCAACUGACCACGUUUUUCUUUGCAAACGGUUGGAGGGAUCCAUCCCAAUGGCUGUUCCUAAUUAUUCGCUUCAAAGGCUCUUCAUUCAUGCGGUAUGAGAAGGGCUUUCAUCAUUAUUCCAAUACUAUGGAAUGGAAUAGAAAAAGUGAACAUAUAAGCAGUUUGAAUGCCAACAGAAGGGAAAAAGUAUCAUUGUUUUCCUUUUGGCAUUCAAAAACCUGUUGUGGUUGAAUACCACAUUCUGAAUAAUGUUCGGUCCAUGACAUGAUAGAUUACCUUCGAGGUAGUUCAAGAGAGUGAGUGGUAGAGUAAGCAGGUGUUUGUAAGCGAGUAUGAAGAAAUAUAGAUGAGUGAUGGUUGGACUGUUGUAUAGUACCAGCUGACUGAACAGCAUGUGUUUUUUUAUCAUUCCCGUCCUCCGUAUCAAAACCUUCCCUUAAACCAUUUUGUUGGUUACAUCAACUGGCGAACGAGGAUGAAGAUUUCGGCCAAUUUUGUGAUUUUUUAUUUUUUAUUAUCAAGUGUCGCGUGCAGAAUUGUGAUGUACAUUAAUUUUGUGAACAUCAACCGCAGUGUUGUGAUUUUUUAUAAUUUAUUUUGAUGCAUUGGGUUAUCACUUUUUUUUGUUUUAUUUGUGUGGCAAGCAUUUUUUUUUUUGAAAAAUAACAAUACCCUAUAGUGCACACUUUUUGGUAACUUUGUUGUACUAUUAUGUGUACCACGAUUUAUGAAGAGAUUGCCGUUUUUAGUGCUGCUUUUAUUAUGUUGAGUGUUUUAUUCUACGUGAAUAUAUUUUUGUUCGUACAUUUUGGAAGACACUGUACGGCGAUGAAUCGACGAGACAUACAUACAUACACGCAAAGAUGGAUAGCAGUCUGCAAAUUGCUAAUGCGAGGAAGCUCUUUUAGUGACGAUCGUCAUUUUGCGUUCAUUUUUUAUUUGGCGGUCAAUUGUGUCGAGUUUCUGGGUUUUGUUACAUGAUGUAUGUAUUUUUUUCCGACAGCCGCAAGUAUUGUUUGAUGGAACGCUUUGCAUACAUUUUACAAUGAGUUUUUUGGUCAUACGUGUUGUUAGCAUUUUUUGUCAUUGUACUUUUUUUUGUUCUUUGUGGCACCUUUUCUUUUGCACAUUAAUGUUGUGUUUUUGUCGAUUAGCUGUGACAUUUUGCCGCCCAAUAUAUUUUUUUAAAAUGAAAAGUACAAUGUGCAUUUUGGUUUUAGGCCUGUUUUUUUUUAUUUGCUUUAAUAGAACUUUUUGGAAACAGUGCAUUUUUGUGGGACGCCACUGUGAAUCACAAGAGUUCCUUUUGUCCAUAAGCAUUUUUUUUCUAUGCCUGUUUCUUUUCGUUUUGUUCUAAUUUUUGAGUAUCUACAUGAGAAUGAUAUACUCAUUGGUGUUAGUGGCAUGAAUCGGCAUUUUACCAUUGCACUGAACGACUGUUUCGGUGAGCAAUGAGACAUGAGGAAGCCAGUGUCAUAGCGAAUGACAUUUUAAGUGAGGAAAGUCGAUGCCCAUGAAGAUGAGAAUGAUUGGUUGAUUCAUGAGAGCCCCUUUCUCAAAUAUUUUGCUCAUCUCCGGCUUCCUCAGUUGGUUUCGUUUGUUUUUCUACAACGUAUCCAUUGCACCUAAGGUGCAUUUGUUGCUAUGAUUUAGGAUGCGAUUGUGGUCUGGUUUUGGACCAACCUUUUUAUAUGAUGAGACACCAUCGCUCGCGAGACAAGCCAGAUGGAUUUCCUUCUCGUACCGUGGACGUGGACAUCAUCGUAGAGGACAUCGAGAACAACAUCAGUUGCCGAGAUACCAAGUGUUGCGCAAAAACUGUUUUGUCUUUGUGUUAUUUUUUGGACAAGAUGAUGAGUGUUUAUUGUAUUUGUGUUGAGUACUUGUUUUGACUACAAUUUUAAACUUAGUUCACAAGCUGUUUAAUACAAACUAAAAGUUUCUGACCAUAUUUACUUUAACAAUGUUUAGGUGACAGUUGGUAGUAUAAGAUUCAUUGAAUGUGAUUUAAUGGAUGAAAGCGUUUUUUUGUUCUAUUAGGGGAAGGAAAUAUUGAUGCUGUUAGCAAAAAGAGUAAAAGUGCGAUAAGAAAAAUAAGUACAGAAUUCUAUCGAUAAAACAUUUAUAAUUUGAAAUUUUAGUAAACAUGAAAACACUUUUAGUUUAUUUGAACUUUCUUCUAUAGCUACAUUAAGUAAAAAAAUAGCGUUCUGAAAAGAUAUUUUCAUCCUAAGGAAGGAGGUGUUGUGGUUGAAUACCACAUUCUGAAUAAUGUUCGGUCCAUGACAUGAUAGAUUACCUUCGAGGUAGUUCAAGAGAGUGAGUGGUAGAGUAAGCAGAUGUUUGUAAGCGAGUAUGAAGAAAUAUAGAUGAGUGAUGGUUGGACUGUUGUAUAGUACCAGCUGACUGAACAGCAUGUGUUUUUUUAUCGUUCCCGUCCUCCGUAUCAAAACCUUCCCUUUAACCAUUUUGUUGGUUACAUCAAAACCCAACAAUGUUCCUUCUUUUUAAACAAUAUUCUUCUUAAAAUUAAGGCAAUUAGUAAAAAAAUUUAAAUUAAAACUGCUUACAUUUUCAACAUAUAUUCUCCCUUCUUUUCUACAUAGGCUGUUCUUUCGAAUUGCACUUUUCAGGAAAUUAUGGGCAUUAUUACAACCACCGGUGUUAAAUUGCUGUUAUAUUUAUUAUUAAUUUUUUUUCAAAUUUCUAAACACCUGUGCUUGUGGUGCCGAUUGUAACUAGCCUAAACAUUGUAACUUGAAAGAACAGCCUAUGUAGAAAAGAAGGGAAAAUCUAUGUUGAAAAAGUAAGCAGUUGUGAUGCCGAUAAUUUUCUGAAAAGUGCAAUUCGAAAGAACAGCCUAUGCAGCAAAGAAGGAAAAGUCUAUGUUGAAAAUGAAAGCAGUUAUAAUUCCAAUAAUUGUACCAAUUGCCUAAAUUCUAAAAAAAAGCUUGUUUAAAAAAAGGAACAGUGUUGGGUUUUUGAAUGCCGCAAGGAAAACAAUGUCACCACAGACAAACAGACGUAAUACUUCGAACAUUUUUCGAUUUAAAUUUUAGUCUCGGAAAUAGGUUCGCUUAAUUCUAAAAGGACUGAAUUUGGCCAAUCAUCAACUAGGUGGCAGUAGUGAGCAAACGUCAAACUCAAACAAAAACUAUGCGAGCGCCGCGAAUUGGCAGUUGGUCAACUCUCAAAUUUUCAAAUAAACCUUUAAAUCGAUGUACGAUGGAAAUUAUCAGAGUGUUACGUUUCCUUCUUCGUUAAAAACAAUGUUUGAGUCGUUAUAAGAAUUGUUGGCAUUACAACUGCUUAUAUGUUUAUCAAAAAUUUUCCCUUCUUUUGCAUAGGCUGUUCUUUCCAGUUGCACUUUUCAAGAAAUUAUCGGCAUUGCAACUGCUUACUUUUUUAACAUUGAUUCUCCCUUCUUUUUUGCAUAGGCUGUUCUUUCGAAUUGCACUUUUCGGGAAAUUAUGGGCAUUAGAGCCUCCACCGGUGUUAAAAUUGCUGUUAUAUUUAUUUCAUAUUUUUUCUAAAUUUCUAAACACCUGUGCUUGUGGUGCCGAUAAUGACCUGAAUAGUGUAACUUGAAAGAAUAGCCUAUGCAGAAAAGAAGGAAAAAACUACGUAGAAAAUGUAAAAAGUUUUGAUGCCGAUAAUUUACUGAAAAGUACAAUUCGAAAGAACAGCCUAUGCAGAAAAGAAGGAAAAAUGUAUGUUGAAAAAGUAAGCAGUUGCGAUGCCAAUAAUUUUUUUUUUUUUUUUUUUUUUUUUUUUAGUGAUUACGGCGGUAGCACACUGUGCUUAUGUUCUAACACCGCACCCUUUCCCUACGUUUGCUUCUAUGAGCCUCUAUUUUUGUUUCAACACACAGAAGUACGUAGGCAUAUCGUGGCCCAAGUCGACACUGUUUUGGCCUGCGUUGAACAAAAAUAGUUUUUUGCAAUUUCUCAUCGUAAUAGGCUGUUUUACCUCACGCAAAUCUGACAGGAAAAGGCCUACUUUCCCAAACCUAAUUAACAGUGCUGUAAUGAUUCAUUACAGCACUGAUUUGCGUUGCGUAAUGAACCAUUACAGCACUGUUUUCAGUUUUGGUCAACUUCUUGAUGCUUUCUGGACGCAGUUAUGAAAAAUUGUGACAACUGCACAGUAUAAUCUAUUAUGAUCAGAUUUUCUUAAACAUUGGCUAUGAACAUCAGUGUGCAGCUGCUUGAUGAAAAAGUUUUGUUGAAAACUAUCCUCAAGGGUAAUUUAUGAAAUUGCAAAAAACGUUGUACACAACUCGGUGCAGAACUCGAUUUUUCCAGCACUCGUCGUAAUUAUCCAACUCGGCAAGCCUCGUUGGAUAAAUGUACGACUCGUGCUGUAAAAAUCGUCAUUCUGCACCUUGUUGCAUAAACUACUAUUAAUAAAAGUUUCCCCCUUUUUUUUUCUUUUUGUCAAUUGUUUUUUUUUUGCAGUAUGGUCCAUGCAUUUAGUUAGGUUCUUGUCAAUUUGUCAGUUAUUCGAAGUAGAUCUCCAAUAUGUAGUCAAUAAGUCAAUUAAGUCAUUCUGAUCUGUUCUAUCAUAGCAGCUUUAGUCUUUACUUUAUUGAAGUGUAGUUUUAUUGGAAAUAUGCUGAAUGUCGUCAUUAAAAAGAGACGUCUGGAACUGUGUCCUGCUAGUUGUUUCGUCAUGCACAUACGUCAUGUCUUAAUAAUGCCUAGAAGAUUAACGAAAACACGUGUGUUCGGUCGGAUGUUGAUUGCGUAGAAAGUCAAGGAAAAUAGGUUUCUUUAUUGUCAGUUGUUAUGUAAGCCUCGCUUGAAGCACUUCCCGUGAGAACCUUGUCAUCUGUACACCAACUAAUCCGUAUCUUCGUACACAGCUAAAUACUGUACUGUCAACCGGCGAAAAGCCUACGGGUAAAUAUUAAAAAAUGAAUAAUAAUGCUGUCUAGCGCAUUGUUUCCUAUCGGCCACUAUUUUAGUCUAGUCCCAACUACAAGCUUUUUUCCAAUCUUAGCGUUAAUUGUCUUCUAGAUCCUUCUAGAUAGAUUCAUCGAAUCAGUCGAACACGUAUGUUAAAAUAGAGUCGAUUCUGUGUCAAUUGUUUUCUUUAUUUCUACUUCUCUGUGUU